AUGGUUCGUUACGGUGGCAUCCGUGCCCCAGAAAUGGAGACCCACCACCUGAAGGACUCAGGCACCCCCUCCUGCCUCUCUGGCCAAGGCCUGACCCAGGGUGACUUCCCCACUCCAGAGAUCUGCUGUUCCCAACUCCCAAAGCUGAGUGAGAGGGCGCCCUGGUCCCGCGGCUCGGACGGCUCGGGGCGGCACUGCUCCCUGGCGGCGGCCUGGCCGAGGCGCCGGAGUCGCGCCAGGCGGGGCGACCACGGGGCAGGCUGCUCGUGGGUGGCCCAGUCCGUCAGUUCGCCGGCGCCCGGUGCAGAGUCUGUUGGUCAGUCUGUCCGCGCGCUGAGGCUGCUCGCGCCCCCCGCGCCGGCCCCGCGCUGGGCGGUUGGCUCCCGGCCGGGUCGCCCCGCCGACGGCAUGGCCCCUUUCUGCCUCAAUUGCUCCAUCUUCCUUGAAGAUCUGUCCCCGGAGGAUACAAGGAGCCCUGUUCCCUGCAACGGCACCAGGGCCUGGGGACUCUUUGACCCCGAGGACCUGAACUUGACGGACAAAAUGCUGAGACUGAAGUACCUGGGACCUCAGCAGACAGACCUGUUGGUGCCCAUCUGUGCCACAUACCUGCUGAUCUUCAUGGUGGGCACCGUGGGCAACGGGCUGACCUGCGUGGUCAUCCUCUGCCAUAAGACCAUGCGCACGCCCACCAACUGCUACCUCCUCAGCCUCGCCGUGUCAGACCUGCUGGUGCUGCUCGUGGGCCUGCCCCUGGAGCUCUACGAGAUGUGGCACAACUACCCUUUCCUGCUGGGCGCUGGCGGCUGCUACUUCCGCACACUGCUCUUUGAGACGGUCUGCCUGGCCUCGGUGCUCAACGUCACUGCCCUGAGCGUGGAGCGCUAUGUGGCCGUGGUGCACCCGCUUCAGGCCAGGUCCGUGGUGACGCAGACCCACGUGCGCCGCGUGCUCGGGGCUGUCUGGGGCCUUGCCGUGCUCUGCUCUCUGCCCAACACCAGCCUGCACGGCAUCCAGCGGCUGCACGUUCCCUGCCGAGGCCUGGUGCCCGACUCUGCCAUCUGCACCCUGGUCCGCCCACGGGCCCUCUACAACCUGGUGGUGCAGACCACCACUGUGCUCUUCUUCUGCCUGCCCAUGGCCACCAUCAGCGUGCUUUACCUCCUCAUCGGGCUACGGCUGAGGCGCGAAAGGCUGCUGCUCAGGCAGGAGGCCAAGGGCAGGGGCGCUGCCAUGGCCAGGUCCAGUGACAGCUGCAGGCUCCGGCGGCGGCUGCAGGACAGGGGCCGGAGGCAGGUGACCAAGAUGCUGUUUGUACUGGUUGUGGUGUUUGGGAUCUGCUGGGCCCCAUUUCACGCUGACCGCCUCAUGUGGAGCUUCGUGGCCCAGUGGACAGACGGCCUGCAUCUGGCCUACCAGUACUUGCACGUCAUCUCUGGAGUCUUCUUCUACCUCAGCUUGGCUGCCAACCCCGUGCUGUACAGCCUCAUGUCCAGCCGCUUCCGAGAGACCUUCCAAGAAGCCCUGUGCUUUGCAGCCCAGUGCCGCCACCACAGACCCCGCCACAGCUCCUACAGCCUCAAUAGGGUGACCACAGGCAGCAUGCUGUGUGAUUUGGGCCCCUCGAGUGGCAGGGCCCUCCCUCUGGUAGACAGUGGUCCAGAGGGGCUGCAGGAAACUGACUCUCCCGGAGGGAGUCUUGAAACAGCUUUACCGGGAGGCCAGGGGCCCACAUGCAGUGUGAGGGCCUCGACCUGCCUUCUUGUACAGGGACAGCUUCAUGGCUUUCCCCCUGGAAACUGA